CAUAGCGCACUUUUUUUUUUAUUUGUGUGUUGUGAUUCGGUGUUGCUUUUUUUUUUAAUAGAUUUUUUUUUUCCCGUGUAGGUGGGGGAGGCGGUCGGGUGGCUGGCGGGCUGCGGGAAGCUGCUUCCUUCCCCUUUGGAGAUGAUUGUGCUAUUCUUCUUUGCCUUGCUCUGGAUGGUGGAGGGAGUCUACUGCCAGCUUCACUACACGGUGGAGGAGGAGCAGGAACAUGGCACUUUCGUGGGGAAUAUCGCCGAGGAUCUGGGCUUGGACAUUACAAAACUUUCGGCUCGCCGCUUCCAGACGGUGCCCAACUCGCGGACGCCGUACCUGGACCUCAACCUGGAGACCGGGGUGCUGUACGUGAACGAGAAGAUCGACCGCGAGCAGAUCUGCAAGCAGAGCCCGUCGUGCGUGCUGCACCUGGAGGUCUUCCUGGAGAACCCCCUGGAGCUGUUCCGGGUGGAGAUCGAGGUGCUGGACAUCAACGACAACCCGCCCGCCUUCCCGGAGCCCGACCUGACGGUGGAGAUCUCGGAGAGCGCCACGCCGGGCACCCGCUUCCCCCUGGAGAGCGCCUUCGACCCGGACGUGGGCACCAACUCGCUGCGCGACUACGAGAUCACCCCCAACAGCUACUUCUCGCUGGACGUGCAGACGCAGGGCGACGGCAACCGCUUCGCCGAGCUGGUGCUGGAGAAGCCGCUGGACCGCGAGCAGCAGGCGGUGCACCGCUACGUGCUGACCGCCGUGGACGGGGGCGGCGUGGGCGGCGGCGGCGGCGGCGGCGGCGGCGGCGCGGGCGGGGAGGGCGCGGGGCUGCCCCCGCAGCCGCCGCCGCCGCAGCUGCAGCGCACGGGCACGGCCCUGCUCACCAUCCGCGUGCUCGACUCCAACGACAACGUGCCCGCCUUCGACCAGCCCGUCUACACCGUGUCCCUGCCCGAGAACUCGCCGCCCGGCACGCUGGUGCUGCAGCUCAACGCCAGCGACCCCGACGAGGGCCCCAACGGCGAGGUGGUCUACUCCUUCAGCAGCCACCUCUCCCCGCGCGCGCGCGAGCUCUUCGGCCUGUCCCCGCGCAGCGGGCGCCUGGAGGUGAGCGGCGAGCUGGACUACGAGGAGAGCCCCGUGUACCAGGUGUACGUGCAGGCCAAGGACCUGGGCCCCAACGCCGUGCCCGCGCACUGCAAGGUGCUGGUGCGCGUGCUGGACGCCAACGACAACGCGCCCGAGAUCAGCUUCAGCACCGUGAAGGAGGCGGUGAGCGAGGGCGCGGCGCCGGGCACCGUGGUGGCCCUGUUCAGCGUCACCGACCGCGACUCGGACGCCAACGGGCAGGUGCAGUGCGAGCUGCUGGGCGACGUGCCCUUCCGCCUCAAGUCCUCCUUCAAGAACUACUACACCAUCGUCACCGAGGCGCCGCUGGACCGCGAGGCGGGCGACGCGUACACGCUGACCGUGGUGGCGCGCGACCGCGGCGAGCCGGCGCUGGCCACCAGCAAGUCCAUCCAGGUGCGCGUGGCCGACGUGAACGACAACGCGCCGCGCUUCAGCCAGCCCGUCUACGACGUGUACGUGACCGAGAACAACGUGCCGGGCGCCUACAUCUACGCCGUGAGCGCCACGGACCGCGACGAGGGCGCCAACGCGCAGCUCGCCUACUCCAUCCUCGAGUGCCAGAUCCAGGGCAUGAGCGUCUUCACCUACGUGUCCAUCAACGCCGAGAACGGCUACCUGUACGCGCUGCGCUCCUUCGACUACGAGCAGCUCAAGGACUUCAGCUUCCAGGUGGAGGCGCGCGACGCGGGCAGCCCCCAGGCGCUGGCCGGCAACGCCACGGUCAACAUCCUCAUCGUGGACCAGAACGACAACGCGCCCGCGCUCGUGGCGCCGCUGCCGGGCCGCAACGGCACGCCGGCGCGCGAGGCGCUGCCGCGCGCCGCCGAGCCGGGCUACCUGCUGACCCGCGUGGCCGCCGUGGACGCCGACGACGGCGAGAACGCGCGGCUCACCUACAGCCUGCUGCGGGGCAACGACCUCAACCUGUUCCGCCUGGACUGGCGCUCGGGGGAGCUGCGCACCGCGCGCCGCGUGCCCGCCAAGCGCGACCCGCAGCGGCCCUACGAGCUGGUCAUCGAGGUGCGCGACCACGGGCAGCCGCCGCUGUCGUCCACGGCCACGCUGCUCGUGCAGCUGGUGGACGGCGCGGCCGAGCCCGGCGGCGCGGGCGCGGGCGCGGGCGCGGGCGCGGGGGGCCCCGGGGAGGCGCUGCGGCCCGGGCGCGCGGGCCACGGCGCGGGCCACGGCGCGGGCCACGGCGGCGGCGGCGCCGAGACCUCGCUGGACCUCACGCUCAUCCUCAUCAUCGCGCUGGGCUCCGUGUCCUUCGUCUUCCUGCUGGCCAUGAUCGUGCUGGCCGUGCGCUGCCAGAAGGAGAAGAAGCUCAACAUCUACACGUGCCUGGCGGGCGAGUGCUGCCCGUGCUGCUGCGGCGGCGGCGGCGCGGGGCCCGCGGGGGCCGCGGGGGGCGCGGGGGGCGCCGGGCCCGCGGGGGGCGCCGGCUGCUGCGGCCGCCAGGCCCGCGCGCGCAAGAAGAAGCUCAGCAAGUCGGACAUCAUGCUGGUGCAGAGCUCGGGCGCGCCGGGCAGCGCGGCGCAGGUGCCCGUGGAGGAGGCGGGCGGCUUCGGCUCGCACCACCACAGCCAGAACUACUGCUACCAGGUCUGCCUGACCCCCGAGUCGGCCAAGACCGACCUGAUGUUCCUCAAGCCCUGCAGCCCCUCGCGGAGCACGGACGCCGAGCACAACCCGUGCGGGGCCCUCGUCACCGGCUACGGCGACCAGCAGCCCGACAUCAUCUCCAACGGCAGCAUCCUGUCCAGCGAGACUAAGCACCAGCGAGCAGAGCUCAGCUUUCUAGUUGACAGACCUCGCCGAGUUAACAGUUCUGCGUUCCAGGAAGCCGACAUAGUGAGCUCUAAGGACAGUGGUCACGGGGACAGUGAGCAGGGAGAUAGUGACCACGAUGCCACCAACCGCGGCCAGUCAGCUGGCAUGGAUCUCUUCUCCAACUGCACGGAGGAAUGCAAAGCACUGGGCCACUCGGACCGCUGCUGGAUGCCCUCGUUCGUCCCCUCCGACGGCCGCCAGGCCGCUGACUACCGCAGCAACCUGCACGUGCCGGGCAUGGACUCCGUCCCGGACACCGAGGUGUUCGAGGCCCCCGAGGCCCAGCCGGGCCCCGAGCGCUCCUUCUCCACCUUCGGCAAAGAGAAGGCGCUACACAGCACGCUGGAGAGGAAAGAGUUGGACGGCCUGCUCUCCAGCACACGCGCGCCUUACAAACCGCCCUACUUGACACGGAAAAGGAUAUGCUAGUCAAUUCUACAGGACUUACCUGAAGCAGCAUGAUUUGCACAAAGUCGACCAACAAAAGCAUCAACUUUUCAACUUCAUUAUCUUGGCCCUCCAGUUAGUUGCGUGUAACUGAGGCUUAGAUUUCCGGCGGGAUCAUCGCGGCCAAUGAUAGGACCUAAUUGCUCUCAGCAGGCCUGAGAAAUGAGUUGAAAUGUGCAGAACUGUAGAGACUUAGAGGCGGCUGACUUUGCCUCCUAGAUCAGUGUGUGCCUGUUUACAGCACUAUAUAUCUUUCUCUCUCCAAAUGUCACUGAGCCCUUUAGAUGUUUAUAUGCACCACGAGAAGCCAGUCAUAAAGAUAAAGGAAAUUUGUGCAUUAUAAAUGCAAUAUCACUGUUUGAAACUUGACUGUUUUAUAUUAUUUUUGUGUGAUCAAGUGUUCCCCAAACUAUUCCAACUUUACAAGAGAGAUUGUGAUUAUGUUCUUUUCACCUGUGGGUUAUAAAAUAUGUUGUAUUCUAAGGACCCACAAAAUAUCAAAGACAUUCUGUAGUUUAUACACCGUGUUGCAAAGUGUUUACUGUACUAUUUCAAAGCUUCUAAAUAAAUAUAAAAUAUAUAUAUUAUAUUAUAUAAUUUUCCUAAAAUGUGGUACAACUCAGUUGGUUUUUAAAUGGAUUCAUACAGUCCACAUCAUACAAUAAAGUAAAAGGUAAUUCAGGGUCCCAAAGAUAAACUUACUAAGAAAAUAAACAGCAUUAAUAGUUU